GCGCGCUGUCGACGCCGGCGCGCAGUCGAUCAGCGUCUGUCAUGGAGGCGAGUCCGCCGCGGCUGGCGUUCCGCGCGCCAGGGAUCCUCGAGCUUUCGACUGGCCGGAGGGCGGCGUCGCGGACGACGGAGCCGUAGGCGAACGUCGAGAUGAUUCUGAUCAUGGAGGACAGCGGGAUCGACAGCGAUCCCAAAACCAGCAACAGAGUGGAGGAUGACAACGCGUUGGCGGCGAGCGACAGCAGCUGCGGCAGCGGCAACAACCAGCCCGCGGCGCCGAGGUCGACGACCAAGCAGCUGCAGAGGAAAUUAGAGGCGCGUAUCGAGCAGGCGAGGCGCAUCCAGCGCGGCUCCGAGUACACCAAGCUGCCGGAUAACGAGCCCGACGGCAGCGCGGCGGCGUCGUCGACCCCGGCCGCGGCGACCGCCAACGCCGCCCUCAUACCGAUUCAGCGACUACCCAUACCGCAGAGGAAGAGGAGGCACAGCGCUCUGAUCGAGUUCUGGCGCAGCGACAGCGAGAGCGAGGACGAGAUGACGCUGUUCGCCACGAGGGACGGCAACUUCAGGCACAAGCAAGACCUCACCGACACCUUCAGCGUCGAGGAGCUGAGCGAGGGCAGCGAGGACUCGCUGCACCUGGGCAGCUCGCAGUCGGAUCUGCACCCGCACACCAACACUUACAUGCCUUCCGGAUGCUUCUCUUGUCAGUGUCGCAUACUCUGAGGCUCGCCGCUUUACCCUCCAAGUCUUGGUUUCCUUCCUCUUUGCGCUCGCGUGGAAGAACGAAGCUAUGCAAAUAUUGGCCGAGGAGUACGCGCACGAUAUGCUCAACCUUUCUGACGUGCCGCGGGGAGGCUCAUUGCGGCUGCACACCGUUGCGCAACGGCCGAUCACGCUGCACAUAGUUUAUAUUUGUUAACGGUGGCCAACAUUUGUGCCACCUUUUCCCCCGAACAUGUACUACAGCGAGCAGAUGCUUUUAUUCGUCUAUAUUUUGUAAAACACAGCAUUUUUGUCGAAAUACGAUUAAUUAAAAUAUGUCCGUCUGAA